AUGACCGCUGUAAGUUCUGUUGCUGACGUUGACGCUUGGAUCGCACAGCUCUCUGAUUGUAAACAACUGCCAGAGGCUGAAAUUAAGAAAUUAUGUGAAAAGGCACGUGAGAUUCUCCAAGAAGAGUCUAAUGUUCAACCUGUAAGAUGCCCCGUUACUGUCUGUGGUGAUAUUCACGGCCAAUUCCACGAUUUACAAGAGCUCUUUCGUAUUGGUGGUAACUCACCCGAUACUAAUUACUUGUUUAUGGGUGAUUAUGUUGAUCGAGGCUAUUACUCUGUCGAAACCGUUACAUUUUUGGUCGCUCUCAAAGUAAGAUACAAGGAUCGUGUUACUAUUCUUCGUGGCAAUCACGAAUCCCGUCAAAUCACUCAAGUAUACGGCUUCUACGACGAAUGUUUGAGAAAAUACGGCAACGCCAAUGUCUGGAAAAUGUUUACAGAUCUCUUUGACUAUUUGCCCUUGACGGCAUUGAUUGAAGACCAAAUCUUUUGCUUGCAUGGCGGUCUGUCACCAUCCAUUGACACACUGGAUCAAGUCAGAUCCUUGGAUCGUGUUCAAGAAGUUCCUCAUGAAGGACCUAUGUGUGAUCUCUUGUGGUCUGACCCAGACGAUAGAUGUGGUUGGGGUAUUUCUCCUCGUGGUGCAGGCUAUACAUUUGGUCAAGAUAUCGCAGAGACAUUCAACCACAACAAUGGGUUAACAUUAGUUGCAAGAGCCCAUCAAUUGGUCAUGGAAGGCUAUAAUUGGACUCAUGAUCGCAAUGUCGUUACUAUCUUCAGUGCACCCAACUAUUGUUAUCGUUGUGGUAAUCAAGCUGCUAUUAUGGAAAUUGAUGAACACAUGAAAUACACAUUCCUUCAAUUUGACCCUGCUCCUAGACGCGGUGAACCACACGUUACUAGACGUACUCCUGACUAUUUCUUGUAA